AUGUCUAAAAUCGAAUACCGUACCUUGCACUGCAAAGUUAGCCAAGGGAUCGACUGGCAGACUGAAGGCGAAACACUCUUGUCGCUAUGUGGAGAUCUAAUAGCCGAGGGAAGUGAAAAUAACAUUGGAAAUGUUGCUGCCUUACUCGAAGAAUUAGAGAUUCAGAAUAACUUAGGAAUCGAUCAUCUCGAGCACCUGAAGGAACUCUUGAGAAGAGUAAAGAAAUGGGCCCUGGUCGACGAAAUAGAAAGUUUUGAGACCAAAAGGAAAAAUUAUCAUUGCAUGUUAGAGAAGGUAAUUCAUCAACUCGACAAGUUAAAUGAUCUAGAACGACUGAUCAACUUUUGCACUCCUCAUCUGGCGGAGGAUAGAGAGGGCGAAAUAGAGAGUAUUCGCGUCCUGUUCGAGAAACUUGAAAGCAAGAACCGUUUAGGACCCGCCUGCCUUGGAAUUUUGAAAAAAAUUUUAAAGGAAACGGGAGAAGAUGAACUCUUAUGGGAAGUUGAUGAAUUUGAGAAGAAACGGAAAGACGAGGACAUCAGAGACAGACAAAGAAUGGAAGCUGAGGAAAGAAGUCAAGCUCGUGCUGCAGCUGUUUAUGCUGUACCCAGAGUGGUUGGAAGACUAAUGGGAGCUGUAAAUGUUCACUGUAAUUUUAAGACCGUCGGUGGUGUGGUAGUGGCAGUUGGUGCUGGUGUUGUCCUGUAUAAAUAUUCCAGAGGCGACAACGAUAUCCAACAAUUUGCAAAUCUCUUUAACGAAGCAAUCCUUCCGGCAGCCAACAGCUUGAGGGCGAUAGGGAAUGGGUCCUUAUGCUUUACAGUCCAGGCAGAAGAUAGAGCAGCCCUCCAGUUGCUAUGGGAACAAUACCAGGACAACACACUACAGGCAAGGUUACAAGACUUUCUGGUGACAGAAGAAAUAAAACAACUGGCAGAUGGUGAAGAUGUGAUUGUGACAGUACACAUUGAUGAACAGGAAUAUCAAGACGCCUGUUUGGAUUUUAUGAUGGACUCUGAGGUGCAAGUCUUUAAAGACGAGGAGUAUGGUCGUCAGAGGGAAAUAAAUAGAAGGAACUCAGAUUCUGUCGUCUAUAUAAAACCUAAAGAAAAUGAGACGGCAGCUGUACUGUCUUCAUUAAAAACAGCAGAAAUUAAAUUUCAGCAAGAGAAAAUUGAAACACUGGAAAGUAAAAUCGACAGGAUUUCGAAGGUAUACAGAGAACAGGAAGAAAGAGAUCUAGAAAUUCAUCAGCUUGCACAUGUCGCCGAUCAGCCAGACGAUGAAAUUCGCAGAGAUACACCACCUCCUCCUUAUUUGGACUGGUCCAGAAGGGAGAAUAUCGAUACAUAUUUAAGUUAUCUCCCAUCGAGACGCGGAUCGUUUUCGAAGGACAGCAGUUACGGUUCAGAAAAGGAAUUUGGAGAAAUUUUGGGUGAUUCUUUAAGAGAUGAAGAUCAAAGUAAAUCAUCGCUUUUAUCUCUUUUGUUUUACCUCUUUCACACAUGGAGGCUGAGUAACGAAGGAGAAUUUUGCAGGGAGCCACCGAGGUUCAACGUACAAAAGCACGACCUUGGACCGCCGACAUAUUCUUUUAAGGCCGAGGAAACGCACGAUGCGUUCAAAGUAGAGGCUGGAAGAGAAAUAAAAAUCUUGUUUUCGACGAAGGAUGCGAAAGGAAAUCUUUUUUAUGAGGCAGAUAAUCAAGUUGGUGUAAAAAUUCAGGCUUCGUCAGGAAACUUUGUAAAAGAGAAGAUUGAAGACAAUCUGAAUGGUAACUACACUGUGAGCUUCACACCAGAUAUUGUAGGUCCGCACAGCGUAACAAUUACAGUGAAUGGUCAGCCGCUGACUGGCAGUCCCUGGAGUGUAGAGGUGUCUCCACAUCAAUACAAACGUGUGUUUGAUAUAACAGUGGAUGAAGGGUCGUUUUCCCCUGCUUUUGCGGUUAACAAGGAGACUAACGAGAUCGCAGUCAUGUGGUAUAAAUUAAUGCUAAUACUUAGUGCUGAUCAUUCAUUGGUAAGGCAUUUUUGGUUUGAGGACAUCAUACUUUCCAUGGACUUCACCAUAAAUGGCAGUUUCGUUGCAAUUCUGCUUUCCAACCUCAACAAAAAAUUGUACUUGAUUGACGAAAGCGGAAAGUCAAUUAAAGAAAUCGGCCAAGGGUACCUGACAUGCCCGAUGGCGGUGUCUGUUUCGCACGAUGGAAGCAUAAUCGUUUGUGACCGGGGUAACCAUUCAGUAAACGUCAUCUCCCCUGAUGGUACAAAAUUAUUACAGUCCUUCAGCGCUCCAUUUCUUCUAGAAUUCCCGCGGUUUUCUGUUUAUCAUCAGGACAUGUUCUUUGUGUCCUAUGGCUGGCGGGAUGCUUUCGUCAAAACGUUCAACAAAGACGGAGUGUUUCUGUAUGAUAUUUGUGGUGAUGAAUCCGCUGAGGAACGGUUGAGGUGGUCACCUGGUUUUGCCAUUGACAAGUUUGACAACCUGAUUGUGAGUGAGGAUCAUAAGACGCUUAAGGUGUUCACAGUGGAAGGCAACUUUCUUUACAAAAUAGAGGUCGAACAGAAAAUAAAUUCAAUAGCUGCAUCUAAUGCCGGCAACUUGUAUGUCGUUGAUAAUGACUGUAUCCAUGUUUUUCAGUAG